GAGCCCAGUUGGCUCUUUAUCGUCUGAGGAUCAUGACUUCGACCCAUCUGCUGAAAUGCUGGUACAUGAUUAUGAUGAUGAGCGAACUCUCGAAGAAGAGGAAAUGAUGGAGGAAAGCAAAAAUUUCAGCUCUGAAAUUGAAGAUUUAGAAAAGGAAGGAAACAUGCCAUUGGAAGACUUACUGGCAUUCUACGGCUAUGAACCCACGAUUCCAGUUAUGGCAGGUUCCAGUGCAGAUAGCUCUCCAAGUGAACUUGCAGAUGAACUUCCAGAUAUGACUCUAGAUAAAGAGGAAAUCGCCAAAGACCUCUUGUCGGGUGAUGAUGAAGAAACACAGUCCUCUGCUGAUGACUUGACACCAUCAGUUACUUCACACGAGGCUACUGACUUCUUUCCUCGGCCAUUAAGAUCAAACACUACAUGUGAUGGAGAUAAGGAAUCAGAUGGUGAAGACGUAGAGGCAGACAAUGGUAAUUCAUCUGAAGAUUUGAGAAAGGAAAUAAUGGUUGGUUCACAGUACCAGGCGGAAAUUCCACCUUACCUUGGCAGAUACAGUAAUGACGAAAAGGCCUAUGAAAAUGAAGACCAUUUACUUUGGAAACCUGAUGUGAUCUCAGAAAGUAAAGUUAAAGAAUACCUUUUUGAAACUUCCUUAAGAACAGGAAAUGAAAAAAUGAUUGGCAGAAUUCCUGAAGGACUGCAUACACGGGACAAUGAACAAGCGCUGUAUGAGCUUCUUAAAAGUAGCCAUAACAUUAAAGAAGCAGUUGAGAGAUACUGCUUGAAUGGAAAGGCAUCUCAGGAAGAGAUGACAGCAUGGACAGAAGAAGAAUGCAGAAGCUUUGAACAUGCACUUCUGAUUUAUGGAAAAGACUUUCAUCUUAUACAGAAGAACAAGGUAAGAACCAGAACAGUUGCUGAGUGUGUGGCUUUCUAUUACAUGUGGAAAAAGUCAGAACGAUAUGAUUACUUUGCUCAGCAAACAAGAUUUGGAAAGAAGAGAUACAACCAUCAUCCAGGAGUUACGGACUACAUGGAUCGUUUGGUAGAUGAAGCAGAAGCCCUUGGUGGAGCAGUGCAUUCUUCAGCCUUAACAUCUAACAGUCGAACAGAAACCAUUCCUGAUCAACAGCUAAGCAUUCUGAACUCUAUCACUGCCAAUGAGCUGACAGCAUUGACAAAUAGUGUAGCUACAGUCUGCCACACUUCGGACGUGAACUGCCUGGAUGACGCCUUUCCUCCCAUGGACAGCUUACCCCGAGCGCCGGUUAAUCAUGUGCCUGUUGGAACAGAAGAAUUGCUUAACUUGCCUAGCAAUGGUGAAAGUGAUUGUUUUAAUUUAUUUGAGACUGGCUUUUAUCAUUCAGAGCUAAACCCAAUGAACAUGUGCAGUGAGGAGACAGAAAGACCUGCGAAAAGAUUGAAAAUGGGGAUUGCUGUCCCAGAAUCUUUCAUGAAUGAUGUCUCUGUAAAUAACCUUGGUGUGGACUUUGAGAACCACACACACCAUAUUACCAGUGCCAAAAUGGCUGUUUCGGUGGCUGACUUCGGCAGUCUAUCUGCAAAUGAGACAAAUGGUUUUAUCAGUACCCACAGUCUUCACCAACAUGCUGCCCUUCACUCAGAAUGACUGUGGAAAACUAAACAAACAGUGGGUACUUUAUGCAGUAGUAGUAAACUUGAUGGCAGCUGUCAGGUUUGCUUAGUCUUUCACUGGAAGUUUGAACUUUAUGACAUCAGUGAUGUCUUUGUAUGUAUAGAACUAUAUCUUGAUUUAUCAAGAGUAAUUUCUUUUUUCAGUCCAUAAAUGUGGAAAUGUCAUAGGAUGUUCGGCAUUGUUUGGGACUAAGAGAACUCUGUGGUGCAGCUUUAAGCUCUGCUUCAAUUU